UAUAGAUUUUAAGAAAGGUAGUAUUAUGGUGGGCGUUUAAUGAUGUGGUGGGCGUUUAACCACUCCCCUCAACUUAAAUAUUCAAAACUUUAUCCCCUUUAAUUUAAAUUAUUGGCUUCCCCUCUUUAUUAUCACCAUUUUGAUCAUACAUAUUUUUAUAAUAAAUGAAGUUAUGGAAAUAAACAAAAUUUAGAAGUAGCUACAUACAUGUGGAAUCAAUAUAUGGAUUUUGUUUUAAGUGAAAGCACCAUAAGCUAGUGUCAUUUCUGUUAUUUUUCAUGUUGCUAUGUCUUGUCUUAUUUUCUUGUAACUAUUAACUUGCCUUUAUAAAUCCCACCAAUUUGGGAAAAAUGGUGGCAAGAUAUGGCUAGCAAUUUAUUCAACUCAAAAGCUCUUUUCUGUUUUUUCAAAAUCCUAAUCACUAAAGCAUGCAACAAGAUUUAUCUCCUAAGAAAGGCUAGCAAUUCUUGUGCAACCCAUUUAGAAAUUGAGAAGUACCCUUUUCUUGCCUCAAGAGAAGAAUUACUUCUAAAUAAAACUUUGUUGUUUCAUAUGGAGGGAACACUACUAAAAUCAUCUUCUACGUUUCCUUACUUUAUGCUUGUAGCCUUUGAAGGAGGUGGUCCUUUGAGAGCUCUUAUUCUUUUGCUUUUAUACCCUUUUCUUUGUUUGGUUAAUGACGAAAUCGGAUUAAAGAUUAUGGUGUUUGUAAGUUUUGUUGGAAUCAAAGUGGAAAGUUUUAGAAUUGGAAGAACUGUCCUGCCGAAGUUCUUCUUAGAGGAUGUUGGUAACGAGGGUUUUGAUUUGGUGAUGGCAUGUGGGAGAAAGAUGGGAGUUAGUGAUAUGCCUAGAGUAAUGAUUGAUGGAUUUUUGAGAUAUUAUUUGGGAAUUGAAGAGGUUUUUGGAAGAGAAUUGAAAGUAGUUUGUGGAUAUUUUGUUGGGUUAAUGGAAGCAAAGAAGGCAAGUAAAGCUUUUUUGGAGACUUUGGAGAAGCCAAAAAUAGCAAGUGAUGUUAUUGGUUUUGCUUGCCAAAAUAAGUCACUUGAUCAGCACUUCUUCGCUCAUUGUCAGGCAAUUUACCUUGUAAGUGAAGCAGAGAAGAGGACUUGGCAUAUCCUACCAAGGCAAAAGUACACAAAACCAUUGAUUUUCCAUGAUGGAAGAUUGGCUUUUAGGCCAACACCACUAGCCACUUUAGCCAUGUUCAUGUGGAUUCCAUUUGGGUUCAUUCUCUGCCUUAUUAGAGCUUUUCUUGGCCUAUUAUUACCUUACAAAUUAUCUAUCCCCAUCUUAUAUCUCACUGGCAUGGGAGGAACCCUCUUUAUACCAAAAUCUUUUAUUUCUCAACUCAACAACAAAGAAAAAUCAAAAGGCAUCCUCUAUGUUUGCAACCAUAAUACACUAUUUGAUCCAAUUUAUGCUUCAAUUGCUAUAAUGAAACCUCUCACUGCUGUCACAUACAGCUUAAGCAAGGUGUCUGAAUUUCUUGCACCGAUCAAGACGGUCCGGUUAACCAGAAAUAGAGAAAACGACUCCAAAUUAAUUAAAGAAUUACUCAGCAAAGGUGAUGUUUUAAUUUGUCCAGAAGGAACUACUUGUAGAGAACCUUAUUUACUGAGAUUUAGUCCUUUGUUUGCUGAGACGAGUAAUUAUAUAGUUACAGCAGCAAUUAAUUUUGAAGUUAGUAUGUUCUAUGCAAACACAGCCGGUGGCUUAAAGUGCUUAGACCCAAUAUUGCUAUUGAUGAAUCCAUAUAUUACUUCUAACAUUAAAAUUCUUGAGUUAUUAACCUGUCAAUUUGUAGGGAAAUCAAAGUUUGAGGUGGCCAAUUAUGUACAGGCACAGAUUGGUAAAGCCUUGAACUAUGAAUGCACCAGCUUGACAAGGAAAGAUAAGUACAUGUUUUUGGCAGGCAAUGAAGGCAUAAUCUAAUGCUUUGGUCGUGCAAGAAACGGAUAAGCAUUUAUCUUCUGUUCUAGAGAGAGCCAAAACAAUCAUUGAAAUCAAUUAAUCAAAGCAUUUAUGGUAGUUGGUUGAGAUAAUUUCUACUCUUGAUUUAGAAUUGUCUAAUGUGCAUGAUUGAUGUUACAUUACUCUUAAGAGUUUGUGUUUAAAUUUUGCUUAUUGAAUUAAUAGAAUUGUUCCUUUUAUUAUUAUUAUUA